AUGGCCUUAGCCACCGCCGCCGCCCCGCCGGCGAUAACAGCGGCCACCUCGACGUCGUUCCCGUCUCUCCUCCAACACCACUCACCCGGCAGCCGCCGAACGGUCACAGCCCUGGCCUUCGCGCGGCGCUUCCGCAGCAAAAACCCUAGCCCCUUCCGCUCCGGCAGCAAGGCCGCCGCCCCGGCCCCGGCCCUCGCCCCCGCCCCCGAAGACGACUUCGGCGGCCUCGAGGGGGAGCUCUGGCGCCUCCGCCGCCGCGCGGAGCUGCGCUUCCAGCGCCUCGCCGCGGAGGCCGACGAGGCCUACAGCGACCUCCGCUCCUGCGUCCGCGUCGUCGGCGGGGACCGCUUGGUCCUGACCUUCCGCCGCUCGUCGCUGCGCUUCGCCGCAUUCGCCCUUCUCUGGUCCCUCGCUCUCUCCGCCGCAGCCUGGGCGUCGCUGGGGCUGGCCUUGCGGGCUUGGCGCCAGCUAUGGGGGCGGGGCUGGUGGGAACGACCGGAAGGCGCAGCUGUGGUAACGAAGAGGGACCGGAGCAUGGGUGGGAAGGAGGUGGUGGUGGCUGUAUCGUCUCCUGUGCUGCCUCCGGUCAGCCACGUCAAGGAGCCCGCAAGGAAGGUCAAGAGGAAGGAACCACAGGGAAGGCUCCCGGAGUGGUGGCCUGAGAUAGAAGCCGAGUUGGUGGAACUGGGCCAAGAAGCGGAGAAGUGGGCGAUAUUGGCCAAUAGAUUGGUCCGAGCAAUCGUUGACAAUAGGGUUGCAGGGAGGGAUUACAGAUACGAUGAUGCAGUUCAACUAAGGCAGUUAUGCAAGAUAUCAGGAGUAAAGGUCUCAUUUGACACAGAAAAUGCACGCGAUUCUUUCUAUAGGGCAACAACAGGCUUUGUUCUGGACGAUUGCAGCAGAACAGCAGAAGACAUGGGGACAGCACAAAUCAAUGGAGAGAAUCCAAGAGAUUUUCUUGCUGGUCUUUCUAUGAAUAUUGGGUUGGACAAGUUCCGUGCUGCCACACUUGUUUGUGCAUCAGUUGCUGCUCGCACUCGUGCGUGUUUCUUGCAAUGCUGGGCUCUAGAGAUUCAGGGAAAACGAGCGGAGGCAUUAGAUGAGCUUGUAAAGAUCUGUAGAAUUCAUCGUGUAUUCCCCCCAGAAGAAAAUUCUGUAUGUAUUUUGUUUUUGAGCUUGGCAAUUUCUUUCUCAGUGUUACUGUUUUCUUUUGUGAUCCAUUUUCAUCCUUUAGUUUCUCAAGAGUUGCAAACUUGUGAUUCCCUUGUCCAACAGUGUGUUGUGCAAGUGCAUACGGCCAUAUGUUGUCCUAUAUGA